AUGAAGCAGCUUUACACUGUCCCCUUCGAGAGGAACUCUGAGCGGAUAAAGGAACUCCGGUACCAAUACGUCCAGAGAGCCAUGGAACUUGAAGCCAGUGAGAAUGAACAUGGCUUCAACCUGGCAAAAACACGUCGCCGUGGAAGGAACCUGAUUGGGAAAAGGGCCACGAUAGAUGUUCCAGGCCAGAGGGGUGCCAACAUCACCAUGUGCGCAGCAAUUUCGAACGAUGGACUGCAGCUGCAGAAGGCCGGCAUAGGCCCAUACAACACCGAACGCCUAAUUGCCUUCAUAGAUGAGCUUUACGAAAGGCUCACAGCAAGAGAGGUAGACAGGCAGAAUCUACCAACGCUGACAAUUAUUUUGUUUCAGAUCACUUUCUACGAGGAGAAGAACUUCCAGGGUCGCUCCUAUGAGUGCAUGAGCGACUGCUCCGACAUGUCCUCCUACAUGAGCAGGUGCCAGUCCUGCAGGGUGGAGAGCGGCUGCUUCAUGCUCUAUGAGAGGAACAACUUCAUGGGCCAGCAGUUCUUCAUGAGGAGGGGAGAGUACAACGACAUGCACCGCAUGCAGAGCAUGGGAAUGAUGUUUGACAACAUCAGGUCCUGCAGAAUGAUCCCCUUUCACAGAGGCCAGUUCAGGAUGAAGAUUUACGAGAGGGAGAACUUCGGUGGUCAGUCCAAUGAGAUGAUGGACGACUGUGACAACAUCCAGGAUCGUUACCGCAUGUCUGACUGCCAGUCCUGCAACGUGAUGGACGGACACUGGCUGAUGUACGAGCAGCCCCAGUACAGAGGCAGGAUGAUGUACAUGAGGCCCGGAGAGUACAGGAGCUUCAGGGAUAUGAUGAGCGGCCAGAGGUUCAUGAGCAUGAGGCGCAUCACUGACAUGUGUUAGUUUCCUCAUCAAUAA